UUAAGCGCCGAAAUGUAGAUGCUUUUUCCUACAUCUUAACUCAGCCGGUUCCCCAGGAGAGCAGCGUCUGGAACCGCUGGCUGCGGGGGAGGAGUCUGAGCUAACUGGAGGAUUUCAAUGGACACAAGCCCCUUGGGAAACCUCCAAUUUCCCUUCUCCCCUGUCAGGCUGCAGAACCACGUCCCGUUUGGCUGGAGCUCGUCCCAUCCUGCCAGGUGCUGGGGAAGGGACAUGGCUGCCGCGGAGCCGGUGACCUUCGAGGAGGUGGCUGUGUGUUUCUCCAAGGAGGAAUGGGCCCUGCUGGCCCCGGGUCAGAGAGCCCUCUACAGGGACGUCAUGCAGGAGAAUUACGAGACCGUGACCUGGCUGGGAUUUCCAGUUUCCAAACCAGACCUCAUCUCCUGGCUGGAAGGAGGGGAGGAGCCGUGGGUCCCUGAUCUCCAGGGCUGUGAGGAAAGGGAGAUCCCAAGUGAUGCCCACACAGCAGGUGAUGGGACGGUGAGUGAGAACGAGGAGGAGAAUCCUCAGCAGGAAGAUCUUGAGCGAGUGGAACCACAGGGGACGGUAUCGGGAAGAGGUGAAGGGGACGUUUCCCAGAGUCUCAAGCAGGGAGAAACCCGUGAGAGUGAGAGCAGUGCGGAGAGGCAGCAGGGAAACCACUUGGAGGAGACACUGGUUAAAUCCACUCACAGCAGAAGAGGAGUGAAGAAAGUCAAAGAAACUGUUCAACAGAGAAUCCACGCUGGAGAGAGACCCUAUGUGUGCGAUGACUGUGGGAAAAGCGUCCGGUACAGAUCAGAGCUUAUUAGACAUCAGAGAGUCCACACGUGCGAAAGACCUUACAAGUGUCCAGACUGUGGGAAAAGCUACAGACAUAGGUCAACCCUUAGUGGGCAUCGUACGCUGCACACAGGAGAGAAGCCCUAUAAGUGCCCUGACUGCGGGAAAAGCUUUGGUCAGCGCUCACUCCUUAUUCAACAUCAGAGACUCCACAGAGGGGAGAAACCCUACAAAUGCAAUGCGUGCGGGAAAAGCUUCAGUCGGAACUCAAACCUCCUAUCACAUCACAGAACUCACACAGGAGAGAAACCCUUUAACUGCCCUGACUGUGGGGAAAGCUUCAGAUACUGGUCAACCCUUUUCAAGCAUCAGAGAAUCCACACAGGAGAGAAGCCCUAUAACUGCCCUGACUGUGGGAAAAGCUUUGCUCAGCGCUCAGCCCUUAAUAAACAUCAGCGACUCCACAAAGGGGAGAAACCCUACAAAUGCAGUGAGUGCGGGAAAAACAUCAGUCGGAAACACCUCCGAUCACAUCAGAGAAUCCACACAGGAGAGAAGCCCUAUAAGUGCGCUGAGUGUGGGAAAAGCUUCAGGAACAGCUCAAUCCUUAUUCUCCAUCACAGAAUCCACACGGGAGAGAGACCCUAUGAAUGUAGCGAGUGCAGGAAACGCUUCCGUCAGAAGAACGCCCUUCUAUCACAUCAGAGAACCCACACAGGAGAGAGACCCUAUGAAUGUCUUGAGUGCGAAAAAAGCUUUAGGAACAAGGCACACCUUAUUAGACAUCAGAGAACCCACACAGCAGAGCGACCCUAUGAAUGCCUGGAGUGUGGGAAAAGCUUCCGUGAGAAUUCACAAUUUCUAUCACAUCAGAGAAUCCACACAGGAGAGAGACCCUAUAUCUGCCCUGACUGUGGGAAAAGCUUCAGGCAGAACUCACACCUCCUAUUACAUCAGAGAAUCCACACAGGAGAGAAACCCUAUAACAGCUCUGACUGUGGGAAAAGCUUUGGUCAGCGCUCACCUGUUUUUGAACAUCAGGGACUCUACAUGGGAGAGAAACCCUACAAAUGCAGUGAGUGUGGGAAAAGCUUCACUCGGAAGUAUUCCCUUCUCUUACAUCAGAGAACCCACACUGGAGAGAGACCCUAUAACUGCCCUGUCUGUGGGAAAAAUUUCUAUGAGAGAACAGCCCUUAUUCAACAUCAGAGAAUCCACACAGGAGAGAAACCCUACAAAUGCAAUGAGUGUGGGAAAAGCUUCUGUCGGAACACAUACCUCCUAUCACAUCAGAGAAUCCACACAAGGGAGAAACCCUAUAACUGCUCUGACUUUGGGAAAAAAUUCAAUCAGAGCUCGGCUCUUAUUGAACAUCAGAGACUCCACAUGGGAGAGAAACCCUACAAAUGCAGUGAGUGUGGGAAAAGCUUCACGCGGAAGUAUUCCCUUCUCUUACAUCAGAGAACCCACACGGGAGAGAGACCCUAUAACUGCCCUGUCUGCGGGAAAAGUUUCUAUGAGAGAACAGCCCUUAUUGAACAUCAGAGACUCCACAUGGGAGAGAAACCCUACAAAUGCAGUGAGUGUGGGAAAAGCUUCACGCGGAAGUAUUCCCUUCUCUUACAUCAGAGAACCCACACGGGAGAGAGACCCUAUAACUGCCCUGUCUGCGGGAAAAGUUUCUAUGAGAGAACAGCCCUUAUUCAACAUCAGAGAAUCCACAUGGGAGAGAAACGCUAUGAAUGCAGUGAGUGUGGGAAAAGCUUCACACGGAAGUAUACCCUUCUCUUACAUCAGAGAAUCCACACAGGAGAGAAACCCUAGAAAUGCAAUGAAUGUGGGAAAAGCUUCCAUCAGAACGCACACCUCAUAUCACAUUAGAGAAUCCACACAGGGGAGAAACCCUAUAAUUGCCCCAUCUGUGGGAAAAGCUUCAGCCAGAGCUCACACCUAUUACAUCAGAGA